AUGGCAGAAGCUGGCGGUCCUCAAGGUGGUUCAGCGAUCAAUCUUGAUCAAAUGAGCCUAGAAGAAUUGAACCAAGUUCGACAACAAGAAGAGAGCCGUCUUCAAGCGCUCUCGAGUCGAUACGCACAACUCCGGGCUGCCGCCGCAAGGCUGAAUGCAUCCCAAUCUGCGGUAUCGGAACUGUCUCCAGCAUCCGAAGGGAAGGAAGUUAUGGUUCCAUUGACAGAGAGUGUGUAUGUUCCUGGAAAAAUCAGAGAUCCAAAUAAACUUUUGGUCGAGAUUGGAACUGGAUUUUUUGUGGAAAAGUCGUCGAAGGAGACGAAUGCCUUUUUGGAUCGGAAGCUGAAGCUUUGCGAUUCCAACAGUGAAAACGUUACCAAAAUUAUCCAAGUUACCCAACAGAAUCUGGAAAGUAUCAAUGUCACCAUGCAAGGGAAAAUGAUGGAGAUUCGUGCCCGCCAAGAAGGACAACGACACCAGGCUGCUGUAGAAGGAUAA